AUUCUGUCAUUAAUUAAGCAACUUGUAAAAAGACCUUUAAGAAAUAUUUUAUUCUAAGGUUGUACGAACAUUUCACUUUAUUGAAGAAGAUAGACGAAUUCACAACAACAACAACAUUUCGGAAAAAAUGACAUCAAAGCCUCAGCCGGUGGCAGGGGCAAGUGCAGGGGCCACAAAACCUGGAGCCUCAACAAGCACACAGUCAACAACACAGGAGUUUGUUGUUAGAGUGUCAAACAAUACAUCAAAGAAAUACAGUAUGAUCAAGUUUUCUACUGGAACAGAGGUUGACUUCCUUAAACUAACAAACACAACUGUCAGAAUGGAAAGGGAGAAUAAUCUGAGGGAAUACAAAACUGCUCAUAAUCUAGAUAUGAUGCCAAAAUUUGGUGCUGGGAGCGAGUAUGGAAGGGAGCAAAAAGAAGAGGCUAGAAGGAAAAAGUUUGGCAUAAAUAUAAAGAAAUACAACCCUGAUGAUCAACCAUGGCUGAUGAAAGUUGGUAAAGGCAAAGAUGCUAAGAAAUAUAAAGGUGUGCGUGAAGGUACAAUUACUCAAAAUACAUCAUAUUAUAUAUUUACACAAAGUCCGGAUGGUGCAUUUGAUGCAUUUCCUAUAGAUGAAUGGUACAACUUCCAGCCAGUUGUUCAAUAUAAAUAUCUCAACUCUGAAGAGGCCGAGGAAGAAUUUCUGAAGAGAGACAAGAGAAUGAACAUGUUCUCUAUCAUGAAGAGGAUAAAGAAAGAUGAAGACAUUGUCGAUCCUGAUGGUGACGAGAAAAAAGUCAAGAAAAAGAAAGACAAAAGUCUUAUAUUGACAGACAUGGAAGACUGGGGUUUAAGUGAUGAUGAAGAUGAUGACGAUGAUGAUGAUGAAGAUGAGGAUGGAGAGAAAAAGCCAAAGAAGAAAGAAAAGAAACCAACGAAGAAUAAAAGCAGGAAAGUAUCCAAACAUAAUGAUAAUGAUGAAGCUGUGGAGGAAAGUGAUGAGGGAGAUUUUGAUGACAGGGAACUGGAUUAUAUCUCAGAUUCUGGCAGUGAAUCGUCUAUGGACGAGAAGGAUAAAGAUGCCAAGUAUGACACUCAAGGUGUAGAUCAGGAGCGAGGGUUGAAGAAACUGAUUGGAUCAGAUGAGGAGAGUAGUGACGAGGAGGAGGAAAAUAAAGAUGAGGAGGAAAAUGAUGAAGGAGAGUCAGAUGAGGGCGAAGGCGAGGGAAGUGGAGUCAAGAAGGAGAAAAAGGUUAAGAAAGAAAAGAAGGAUAAAAAUAAAGAUGGAAAGGGAGGAGAUGACAGUGACAGUAGUAGCUCUUCCUCUGACAGUGAAGAUUCUGAUAUAGAAAAAAAUGAAGACAAAUUUUCAGUUCUCUUUAUGCAGAAGAAGAAAGGGGGAUCAAGGUCAAAUACCCCUACAUUUGACAAGUCAGCUGACAAUAAGCAAGAUGUGAAGGUGGAAGUCAAAUCAGACGGUGUGAAGAGGAAGAUGGAGGGUGAAGACACAACAGACUCACAGAAAAAAUCUAGAACAGAAUCUCCAGUUGUCCAGUCAGCCUCUAGUGCUUCUUUAUCCAGUGGUGAAAUAACGGAGGAGGCAAUUAGGAGGUAUUUGUCUCGUAAGCCUAUGACCGCUAAAGAACUCGUACAGAAAUUCAAAUCAAAGAAACCACAGAUGUCAAAAGAUCAGAUGACCCAGCGUAUUGGACAGUUACUAAAGAAAAUCAAUCCUGAAAAGAAAUAUGUGAACAAUAUUCUGUAUCUAUCAUUGAAGAAAACUGAAUGAUCAGUGCAUGAAUGCUAGCUCCUGUGCAUGAAUGCUAGCUCGUUGGUGUUUUAGCCAGAUAAGAAAUGGUCUUAAGGAGAUUUGGAGGGAUUAUGUGGUGAGACCACAACGUGUUCCUCCCAUUGCCAUAUUUGUGGGUACUACAUUGUACAAGAGGUUUUAAAGAAAAUUUGAAAGUUUGGGAAAGAUUUGUUGACUUGUUUCAGCAGUGGUUACUAUAAAGUGCUAUAUAUUGUAAGACGUGAUAAUUUUUACUUGUCGUUUGUACCAAAUUCAGUGGAAAUUUUUGAGGUGAUUUUUUAAAAAAAAAUGAAACAGUUCUUUUGUGCCAUCCUUCAUAAACUGCCAGAGAGGGUAAAUGUUAAUAUUUUGGAGAUUGAUUGUUGUUUUAAUGUGUUACAGAAGAGUAUAUACUGAACAUUUCUUCUUUUUCUGAAAUGAGUUCAAUAGAUAUUAUGUUUAAAUGAGAGCAUUUUUUUCCCUGUAUCAUAUUGUUGAAUUGACAGUUUGAGCAUGUGGUCGUUGAAUUAAUUUGCUCAGGGAAUCUGCAAUUAGAGUGCUGAUUUGCAUUGUUAAACUUAUAUUUGUAAUCAUUUGAUCAUUUGGGUUUUGAAUCCAUUAUUUCAUUUUUCAUCUUCAUUUGAUCAAAAAAUGUUCACAGACAUAUUUACAGCCAGGUGCAUGUACAUAUGACAUGUCUGGAAUUGUUAAGAAUUUAAGAUGUAAAAUUAUGCAUUUAUUGAAUAACUUACAUCUAAAAAGCAUAAUUUUUAAGCCUAAAAGGCAUAGUUUUUGUAUGAUGUUGUACAUGUGUUUGGUUAUUUUUCAUGUUUCAUAUGUCAAAUAUGAUUACAAUAAGAAUAAAUUUGUAAAAAAAAGAAAAGUUUUCACACUAAAUAAAGUGUAACAUUAUAAAUGCAUUGAUAACAAGAAAACAAAUACUUUCAAAUACUUUUAAUAUGUUCUUACACUCAUGUAAUGAACAUGAAAAUGAACAGGUUUACAAAAAGAACAGUGAAUCUUAAACAAAGAUUAAUACAGAUCACACAGUAUUUCUUGUUGUUUAACUAUUUUGUAUUUACAAUCUUUUAAGCAAUAUUUUUACUGUAAUCCUUUUAAUUUUAAAGGAAGAUCAUCUUAAAACAGAUGCAAGAUAAAAAUCAAAUGUUACUUUUACUAACGUAUCUUUGUUUGUUUUCUCUAUUGAAAAGACUUUACAAUGUAUAAUAAGAUACAAUCUAAAAAAAACCUUUGCUCUUAUUUCAGAAAAAUUAUAUUCUUAUGUUUUUCCUGUAAAGUAAAAAAUUGCAGUGGCAAAAAAGUGCUCUUUUUAGUGCAAUAAGUCUUAAAAAAUCAGUAAUAAAAAUAACAUAAUGACA